AUGAAGUUUCUGAUCCUUGUCGCCGCUCUCGCCUCUGUCGCCUCCACUGCAGACAUAUGUCGAACCUCUAGACGCAACUGCGGCGGAGCUGCAGUGUGCUGCACGGGUAUCCGGGCAGGCCAGUGCUGUAACCUGGGAGACCCUGUCUCCCAUAUCCUCUACAGGCUGCCUGCCAAUAGUCGCGGCCGAUCGUGGACCAGACGCAGCUGCACGGGCGAGGUACGCAGCUUCCCGAACCGCCGUGCUGGCAACGUUUGCCAUGUCCCGGCAAAUGGCGCCGGUCGUUCGGCUAGGUGGCUCGAGGGACUAGCGGAGACUGUGGAAGAGCCUGUUAUUGAGGAACAUCACACGUGUGCGGAGCCAGACACUGUUUACUAUGAGGAUGAGGAGGGAGGAGACGAAAGUGCCGCCCUUCCAGGCCAUCUGAGCGCCGAUGAAAUUAUGGAGGCGUUGGAGGAAGGGGUUAGUGUUAGGACUUUGAUCGUCCAGGAGGUUCGGGAUAAUUAG